GACAUGUCACAUGACAGGAGAACCGACGACGAAGGAAAUGUAGCUGCAAAACCCUUUGAUUCAUUUUAGUUUAGUCACUCAGAAAGCAGUCAUGUUUUGUUUUUAUAAUGGGAUAUAUUUUUCAGUGAAAGUGUGGGUGAUCUGGGUGUCUCUUUUCUUAAACUAUGGAUUCGCUGGUAAAAUGAAGAUCGUAGAGGAACCAAACACAUUUGGGUUAAACAAUCCUUUUCUGGCUCAGGGAAGUAGACUUCAGCCCAGAGUAACUCCAUCGCCAGUGUCUGGCCCUGCACAUCUUCAUAGGCUGGCUGGAAAGUGCUUUACUCUCACAGAGUCAACAUAUAAAUAUGAAUUCUGUCCAUUUCACAACAUAACCCAACAUGAGCAAUCAUUCAGAUGGAAUGCAUACAGUGGGAUACUGGGAAUCUGGCAGGAGUGGGAAAUAGCAAACAAUAGUUUCACAGGAAUGUGGAUGAGAGAAGGGGAUGCAUGCGGAACAAGAAACAGGGAAACAAAGGUGAUCCUUGUCUGCAGCUCCAGCAGCAAGCUCGCUCAAGUCUCUGAGCCCAGCACCUGUGUGUACUCUUUAACCUUUGAGACCCCACUCGUUUGCCAUCCACAUUCUCUUUUAGUAUAUCCGACUCUGAGUGAGAAGCUGCAAACAGAAUGGGAUGAAGCUGAGCAGGCUCAGUAUGAAGGUCUUAUUACUGAGCAGGGAUACAACAAUCUCUUAAGGGAUAUUUUCGAGGAUGCUGGUCUGCUGAAGAGCCAAAAAGUGAAGGUGAAGCCUCCAGAGGUUGUAGCCAAUUCAGACACACAGAACUCUUUACAGAAAUGUACUGAGGACCUUCAAAAACUGAGAGAGGAGAGUGAGAGACUGCGUGCUCUCCUUACACAACACAAUAUUCCCUUUGAGUCACAGCCAAAUGAAGCAAAAGAUCCAGUGAGUCCGACAGUUAAGGAUCAACACUUACGGGGAGACAUCGGCAUCAUUGAACCACAGUGAAAAUCUCCUGGAAUAACUCACUCGAUAUUAAUUUGCCCAAAUGGAUCUGAAGAUUUUGUGUUGAAUGGUGAGGGUGUUGGUUACACAAUAUUGCACUACGACUUCUUUAAUGUAACAAUGCUGCCAAUGUGAAAAGAUGAACCCACUUGUGGAUUAAGACUGACCGAAAUCUUUUGGAAGAGCGACAACACUCAGCUGGCUGUUUGUAGGAGAAAGAAUAAUUGUAUGAUUCUAACAUGUUUUUAGUUGCAGGACUCAGAAUAUGGGGAAAAUACCUUCCCUCUGCAGCUCUCUCCUCAGUCAAAAUCAAAACAUAACAUAAAGAUGGCUGAUAAAUAUUCUUGCGUUACUAUGGAAAGUGAAACCAAAAUAUCAUAGUUAAGGGCCAUGUUACUUCUGUGUUGAGCCACAGAGCAUUAGAGUCUGAUGGAACCUUGACAGCAAUUGGUAAUUAAUAACAUAUUUAACCCUCCAAGCUUCCUGAAAACAAAUACUUUUGGCCCAAACCUUGGCAGACCCUUCUGUCAUGAAGCAGAUUUUCUGCAGCUUGUAAACAGAUUGAAGAGGAGGUGCAGAUGUCAGCUUUAUUGUCAGAUUGCCCAAAUAACAAUAUGCUGAAGGGUAAUUAUGGAAUUUGAUGCCAAAAACUAGAGCACACUAGCUUAAAAGACUGAGUAAAAAUGAAUAAUCUAAAAACCUGGACAUUUUCUUUUCUCCACUUUUCUUAAUACUAGUGUAAUUCAAAUGGGCACAUUAAAAGACCAUCUUUUGCCAGAAGGACUGUAAUGGAAGCAUUUUGGUUAAAAUGACUUUUUCUUCUAAUGGACCAAAUAAAGAGCUACAGCGAUAUAAAACAUG